CCUAUUCUCUCUCAACAAACGCACAAAAACCAUUGUUUCUCGAUUUGAAUUUGAAUGGGGACAGAUCUUUCGAACGGAAACAAAACUGACACUUGUUUGACAGACACGUGCGACUGUAUUUUGUUCCGGAGCGCGAGUCAAGUACUCCUGUAACUCGAAGAACAAUUUCCCCAUUUAAAUGCAAUUUACUUUCAAGAGAAGUCGGAAACGGGCCGCUAUUCUGCGGAUUUCGGGGCGCUUUAAGGCGAAAUGACGGAGUAGAGAGCUUCUAAUUCGUGUCAGAGGACCUCGAUUCACCUGUUCCCGAGUCUAAAACAUAUGGAAAUUACUAUGCAAUAUUUAAAUAAAGGAUCCGUUUCAGGAGGGGUUCCGUCCAUAAAAAUACACAGCUGCAACCCCCGCGAGAUAUUUAGCUAGUGCGGUGCGGGCAGGCAUUCACCGCAACGAGCAAACCUACUCGUUCAACAUUCCUGAUCAAUUCAGUAGAGCCACUUGGAAGCGAAGUCGCUUUUCACCCAGUGCACAUGUUUCGAGAUCAGUUUCAGACCAUGCCAACGGUAGACCAAGUCACCCUGGACGAGAAAGGCUCUUUCUGUGCAGGUUGUGGCACGAGAAUCGUAGACCGUUUCUAUCUGAUGGCCGUCGAUAGAGAAUGGCACGCUGAAUGCCUGAAAUGCAGCGAGUGCAGUUUGCGGCUCGACAACGAGGUUACUUGCUUCACCAAGGAUGGAGCCAUACUAUGUAGAGAAGACUAUUACAAGCGUUUCUCAGUCAAAAGAUGCGCGGGAUGCAGCCGAGGAAUCUCAAGCAAAGAACUGGUGAUGCGCGCCCGCGAACACGUUUACCACAUCAGCUGUUUCGCCUGCGAUCGCUGCAAGCGAAUUUUAGCGACUGGUGAAUACUUCGGUAUGCGUGGAAUGCAAAUAUUCUGCAAAGCAGACUACGAAAUAUUACUUCGAGAGGAGGCACAAGCGUUGAAAUCGACCCAUGGUUCCUCGUCGUCGAAAGGGAGGCCGAGAAAGAAAAAAAUUUCCGUGCCUCUUGAGGGCGUCGCAGCGUUAUCUGGUGAGUCUUAAUUUAACAAUACUCGCUGAUUACUCAAACUAGCGGGCAAUAAAAGGUGAUAAUCACUUUUAUUAGCUUUGCUUGUGGCUCUGAACAAGAGAGAGCUUUGCUUUUAGCUUUUAUUGUCUCUUAUGUUGUUGACAUCUCUCUGUCGCGCAUUGUGUUUAUUAUGAUUCAAGCAACGACUAUGAAACGUUUUGCACUUUUAGAGCCUAAUUCACUUUGCGAAAUUGCUUCUAGUUUUGCAUAAGAAACUCCACAAAGGUGAUUGUAUUUUUAGCAACGUAGCGUAAAAGACAUAUGUUAUACCAUACAUAUUACAGGUGCUUGCCCUUAAGCGCAGUGAUAACGUCGCUUUAAAACAGCUUAGUUCUUCUGCUAUGGGUUAUAAAACAUCUUCUAUAGACUAGCGCCAUCUGGAUGGAAAAAUGAAUAGACUUAACGUCUACAAAUUAAGUAUCGUGCCCGCCUCUUUUCCAACUUAGGCCAGGAUUUUGAACAUUUGUAUCCUCGCGGGAUUUAAGAUUACAAUACCUUUUUUAACAACUGCUGUUGUUGUUUUGUCAAAGAAUUUGCACUUAAUUUUCGACUACUUUUCAAUUCUACCGAGUCAUUCAUUUGCACGUCAAUGCUAAUUUGAACAACAAAGAGCUUAUUUUAAAAUUAAG